UUCAAACGUAAUUCAUGGGCAAAAUUCGGUCUCUCGCUCGCCUUCCAGAGUUCUUCCGAACGCCACCGGCGGUGCACCCAAGUGAAGCGGGGCCCACCAGCUUGAAUUAUUAAGCUCGCGAUAUUUCCGCGGAGCGGGAGCGCGAGAUCUUUCCGAUCCCUUUCUUUAGUAUUAUUAUUAUUAUUAUUAUUAUUAUUCCACCUCACUUCGCUCAUUUUCUUUUUGAACUUUUCAUUCUUUUUUGUUUUUUUUUCACUGCUUUGUUUUCUUUCUUUUUAAUUAUCUUCACUCUAUGGUCUUUCUCGUGAUGAGCGAGCGUCUUCCACUCUGCGGCUUUUUCCCUCUUCUCCGCUUCCCAACCCUAACCCUAAUCCUCGCCUCUCCUUCUCCUCUGCUUCUUCGCCAUUGCCGAUCUCGGAGCUGUUAAUCCGCCGCAUUCUCCUCUCUCUCCUCGAUCGGUGAAGUGGGUCUGCGAUCUGAACUGUUGCUGGCAUUAGUGGACUUCUUCUAAGAUCAUGGUGCACAUUGAUGUGGAGUAGUUGUUAUGCAGGCCCUCUUCAACUAUAGUAAUUGAUAUGCAUGAAAAGAAUCUAUACGAAAAAGUUUGGUUUUUCUUGAUUGUACUUCACUAACCACUGGAUGGAUUGCUGGGAAAUGGGUUAGUUAUUUAAUCACUUAUCUUUCUGGUAAAUUGGGUCAUCUUGGUUGGUACAGCCACGCACAAAAUGGGUUCAUCAGGUGGUAUUUCUGAGAUUGUUGAAUCGAAUGAAGAAUCAAAACCAGUUCAUCAUUCGCAUAGAUCUAAGACACUUAGUAUUAAAUCAAAAGCAGAUGGAGAUAUUAAGUCUCAUGGUCAACCUGUUGAGGAUAACCUUGAUCGGCUUUUGAGGGCAAUUGAUCUCAGGACAUCAUCAAGGGUUCUCGGCCCUUCUCACCAGGAUGGUGUGGACUUGCUGCAGAAGAGUGCUCUUAAGAAGCCAGUUAAAGUCAGGAUAUCUCAAGCAUCAGGAAUAGGAAUAUCUGAAUCAGUGACCUUGAAACAGGCACUGCGAAGGUUAUGCAUUUCUCAGGCAUCAGAGAUGGCUGCUAUGAAAAGGUUAUCAAAGCCAAUUGGUAUAUCUGGGGUGUCUGAAGCUGGAACUAUUAAAAGGCUGUUUGCAUCUGUAGUGGUCCAAGCAAGUGACUCUGGUCUUUCACUAGAAGAAGAAAAAAGUUUAGUGAAGAUAUCCAUUGUUCCUGAAAAAGUUGUCAAGGAGUCAUCUGGAAAAGCUACUGAUUUCAGUCAAACAAGCAACUUGGAACCAUCUAAACGAGAUGCUGCUUCUUCACCUCUUUCCGAAGUUCUCAACACAGUUAAGGUACCAAAAGUCAGAAUUCAAGAUGUUCUUAAUCCUACCUCAGCAAAAACCAGCAAAAAUCCGUCAGUCUCUGCAGAGAUAGAGAAGAAAGGAAAGACGACUUCUGUAACUUCUGUAUCUAGUCCCCAGAAAGGCACUGAAUCAAGCAAGUCUGCAAUAAGUCCACGACUGAUCAAGCCAGUAUUUCGGAGCAAGACGUGCAGCAAAAAGAAAGGAAAGAGGGAAUCAGCUUCAAAAUCAGGUAGUUCCAGCAGAUGUGGAGAAGUUGACAAAGCUGGCGCGGCUAUUCCUAGUAAAACAAAGUCAGGUUGCCGAAAAGAAGUUGUGCUUCCAGCAUCCAGCAGUACGAAUUCUGCUGGUGCAGUUGUCGCAGAAAACAUUGACAGUGGUGCAAGCAAACCUGAUUUCAGUCCAAAUAUCUGCAGUGGUGGUAGAGCUGCUGGUGUGAAAAUGAGUGAAUGCUCAAGAUCAAGAGAAAAGGGGGAGUGCUCUCAAAGUUCUAAGAGUAGCAUUGGUGAUAGCAGCACCAGCAUCAGCGAGGAGAGCCAUCAGAGUGGCUCCAGCAGUAAUGGCAGUAGACCUCACAUGUCAAAGGAUGCGAGAUGGGUAGCUAUUCGCCGCAUCAUGAUGCAGCAAGGAAGCUUAGGAUUGAAGAAUUUUAAACUUCUCAAAAGGCUUGGUUGUGGUGAUAUUGGGACUGUUUAUCUUGCUGAGCUAAUUGGUUCUGAAUGGUUAUUUGCAUUGAAAGUCAUGGAUAUUGAAUUCCUGGUGAGCAGAAAAAAGAUGCUUAGAGCACAAACCGAAAGGGAGAUAUUGCAAAUGCUGGAUCAUCCGUUCCUUCCUACCUUAUAUGCCCAUUUUACGGCAGAUAACCUCUCAUGUCUCGUCAUGGAGUAUUGUCCUGGUGGUGACCUGCAUGUCCUCCGGCAGAAGCAACCUGGAAAGUUUUUUUCUGAACCAGCUGCUAGGUUUUAUGUUGCAGAAGUCCUCCUUGCACUGGAGUACCUACACAUGUUAGGGGUCAUCUAUCGAGAUCUCAAACCAGAGAACAUCCUUGUUCGUGAUGAUGGUCACAUCAUGCUAUCUGAUUUUGACCUUUCUCUCAGGUGUUCAGUAAGCCCUACCCUUCUCAGAUCCUCAUCCUUGGGUACAGAAGGGCCCGUAAAGAAACUGUCAGGACCCUGUGCUGAAAACAGUUGCAUUGAUCCUCUCUGCCUUCAGCCGUCAUGGGUCCCUGUUUCUUGUUUCACACCCCGUCUUGUGUCUUCCACCAUGGCAAAGACCCACAAGCUAAAAGCUGACCUAGGUGGUCAGGAUAGCCCGCUUCCACAGCUUGUGGUGGAGCCUACUGAUGCACGAUCCAACUCCUUUGUUGGGACUCAUGAGUACCUGGCCCCCGAGAUUAUCAGAGGAGAUGGACAUGGAAGUGCUGUAGAUUGGUGGACGUUUGGAAUAUUUCUAUAUGAGUUACUUUUUGGUAGGACACCCUUCAAGGGACCUGGAAAUGAAGAAACUUUGGCUAAUGUGAUCUCUCAGAGUUUGAAGUUUCCUGAGAGCCCAGCUGUUAGGUUCCAUGCGAGGGAUUUGAUUAGAGGGUUGCUCGUAAAGGAACCAGAGAAUCGGCUGGGAUCAGUCAGAGGAGCAGCUGAGAUUAAGCAGCACCCAUUUUUUGAAGGGCUGAAUUGGGCCUUGAUCCGAUGUGCUGCACCACCUGAGACACCGAGAAGCUAUGAUGAUGGAACUCCAGUUGCAAUGCGCAAGAAAAAGGAAGGUAAAUGCCUGGAUUUCAGGAGUAAUGGAGAAGAUGUGGAGUUUGAGCUAUUUUAACAGAGUUCUCUUCUCUGUGGAGCGUGCUUGGUUUGGUAGCUGAUGCCUGUCUUUUCGCUCCAUUUUCAUUAUUUUAAGUGAUAGCUGUCAAUGUAAAUGUAGAUCCGUAUAUUGCAGUAAGCUUUCAUUUCUUGUUAAUAACAUGCAUAUGAAUCAAGAAAUAUGUCAAUCUAUCAACCACUUCUGUUUUGUCCUGCAA